GUCACAGCUCCAUCAUUCAGCUCUUCUGUCGGUAUCCCUUUCUCAUCGAUUCCCUGGAAUUUUUGAACCAGAGCUGUGAGGUAUACAGCCAGCAAUGUUGCAUAGUACUUUAGAGUUGCUGCCCAACACAGGUCCAUCUCUCUUCACAAUUCAUGUUUGUUCCUUUUCAGGCUCAGAGUGGUGAAGGAAGUUACUGAGAUUAGUGUGCACUAUGAAGUCUGGGAGGUGGGCUUUCAGGGACCUGCUUACUUACUCUGAGGCUCUGACCUUUGCCUUAGUGUGAUUUUCUCACCAUCCUCUUUUAUUUUGUGGGCAAAGGAUCAAAAAGAUUUCUUCAACAUUGAGUGCUAAACAUUAGCAAGAAUGCAUGGUUUCUGGUCCCUGUAAUGAAAGAAUAUUUUUAAAACCAUAGACUCAAAUUACCAUGUAAGAUAUCACAGAAACAAAUGGAAUUUGAGCUGGAUCUGGAAGAAUGGGUUGAGUUCAGGAAAGUGGAGUUUGGAAGAGAUUUCAUGCAAGAGGGACCUCUGGAGCAAAGGCGAGAAAGAACAAAGAAAGCUUUUGACGUAGAGAACUGGAAGUUGGUGUUAUGAUUUACUACAGUAAACUGGAAGAGUAGGUUGGCCGGUAUGUACUGAGUUCUUAGUGCUAGGCUUAGUUACUUGAUUAAUUAUUUGAUUGAUCUACUCAUUCAACAGAUUGUUUCUCAUAGCCCACAGGAUAAAAUCCAAACCUGUUUUCUGGCGUGCAUGGUCUUCUGUGAUGUGGUUUCUGCAUACCUUAAAAUCUACUCCACUCAACACUAUGUACCCACUUUUCAGUAAUAUUGAACUCUUUUCAGUCAUAUCGAAGAAUUUGCUGAUCCCUCCAACAUGUUGUAUUCCUUCACGUUUCUUUCUUUGCACAGGCUAUUUCUUCUAGAGUUCACUUGAUGUAUGCUUCAUUCUUCAGCCUCAGUUGCAACGGAAUUUUUGUUAUUCCUCUGCUGCUGUAGAAUGCUAGGCUUAUAUUACUAAAGCUUCUACACCAUAUUUUGUAUUGUCAGAAUACAUGCCUGCUUCCCUCACUCAGCUUAUGAGCUUCCUGAGGGCCAGGGAUUGUGUCUGGUUCACCUUUACAUCCACACCACCCAACAUAGUACCUAACAUGUAGCCAAUUCAAUAAAUACAUACUUACUGAAAAAUUAUUCAUUGAUCAUUUACUUUACAUCAUGUGUAGUUUUAUUUUUAAAAAGCGAUCUAGAUGGAAUGGGAUUGACAGAUUGAAGAUGGGCAAUGCAGGGAGAUGAGUUAUAUGUAUUUUUGAAGUAGCUCAUUUGUUUAAAAAAAACAGUAGGGGCUAGAUUCCUGGGGGAUUGAUAAAGAAAAAAAGAUAGGACUUAAUGACUGGCAACUAUGGGCAAGAGAGAGGGAAGAAUUAAAGAUAAUAAAAAAUAAAGAUAAUACAACAAAUAGCAGGAUAGUGACCCUUAAAAAAAUAAGGUUACUUUCAGGUAAGCAUGUUUUUUUUUCUAAGUUGGAUUUCCUGGUGUUAGUAUUUGUCUCACUCUACCUUUGCUCCAAAGAUGAACACUUUGUUCCUGUUCAGUUUACCAGAACUAAGUUCAAGAUAUAUGUGCUUCUCAUUUUCAUAUCUGGCCAGCAGUUUAGAUAUGAAAUAUAAAUAGUUCAACUACACUGACUACAAUUUCCUAUCAAGGGAAGGUAUGCAGUACAUAGGUUUUUUUUUUUUUUUUUUUUUUUUUAAAUAUAUAAAGCCUGUUUCUGCUUUUGGGAGCUACAACUGAAGUGUUGUACCAGGCAGAUGCACUGGGGUGCGCUACUAUGUAGCAGAGCCUAGCUGUGCAUCACAGCUCUUAACUUUAAAACUCCAGAGAAUUUGAUGAGAGAGGGAUCCACAAGAACAUGACAAAUGAUGAGAGUUCAAACCUUAAGAGAAAAAUGGGCUUAUUGGAGACGGAGGCAAUUGUCAUUAAAACAAGCCGAUUUCAAGGAUAUAUUCAAAAAAUCAACUUCAGGAUCUCUCGUGGAAGAGGAAGACCAACACAUGAAAUUGUCCCUUGGAGGCAGCGAAAUGGGCCUCUCAUCCCAUUUGCAGUCUUCCAAGGCAGGACCUACACGCAUCUUUACCAGCAAUACCCACAGUUCUGUGGUGUUACAGGGCUUUGACCAGCUUCGACUUGAAGGAUUGCUUUGUGAUGUGACCCUGAUGCCAGGUGACACAGAUGAUGCUUUCCCUGUGCAUAGAGUCAUGAUGGCAUCUGCUAGUGAUUACUUCAAGGCUAUGUUCACAGGUGGAAUGAAAGAACAAGAUUUAAUGUGCAUUAAACUUCAUGGUGUGAGCAAAGUCGGUCUAAGGAAAAUUAUUGAUUUCAUUUAUACUGCAAAGCUUUCUCUUAAUAUGGACAACCUUCAAGACACGCUGGAAGCUGCCAGUUUCCUACAGAUUCUGCCAGUUUUGGACUUCUGUAAAGUAUUUCUCAUAUCUGGGGUCACUUUAGACAACUGUGUUGAAGUUGGACGGAUUGCCAACACCUACAAUCUAACCGAAGUGGAUAAAUACGUUAACAGUUUCGUCUUGAAGAAUUUUCCUGCAUUGCUGAGCACAGGGGAGUUCUUGAAACUUCCUUUUGAGCGUCUUGCCUUCGUGCUUUCCAGUAAUAGCCUUAAGCACUGUACUGAACUUGAGCUCUUUAAGGCUACCUGUCAUUGGCUUCGCCUGGAAGAGCCUCGGAUGGACUUUGCUGCAAAAUUAAUGAAGAACAUACGAUUUCCACUGAUGACACCACAGGAGCUCAUUAAUUACGUGCAAACGGUGGAUUUCAUGAGAACUGACAAUACUUGUGUGAAUUUGCUUUUGGAAGCCAGCAAUUACCAAAUGAUGCCAUAUAUGCAGCCGGUUAUGCAGUCAGACAGGACUGCCAUUAGGUCUGACACCACUCACUUGGUUACACUAGGAGGAGUGCUGAGGCAGCAGCUGGUUGUCAGUAAGGAAUUGCGCAUGUAUGAUGAAAAGGCCCAUGAGUGGAAAUCGUUAGCCCCCAUGGAUGCCCCAAGGUACCAGCAUGGCAUCGCCGUCAUUGGAAAUUUUCUCUAUGUGGUUGGCGGACAGAGUAAUUAUGAUACAAAAGGAAAAACGGCAGUUGAUACAGUCUUCAGAUUUGAUCCUCGAUACAAUAAAUGGAUGCAAGUUGCAUCUUUAAAUGAAAAGCGCACCUUCUUCCACCUAAGUGCCCUCAAAGGAUAUCUGUAUGCAGUUGGUGGGCGAAAUGCAGCAGGUGAACUGCCCACAGUAGAAUGUUACAAUCCAAGAACAAAUGAAUGGACCUAUGUUGCCAAAAUGAGUGAGCCCCACUAUGGCCAUGCUGGAACUGUGUAUGGAGGAGUGAUGUAUAUUUCAGGAGGAAUUACUCAUGAUACUUUCCAAAAGGAGCUCAUGUGCUUUGACCCUGAUACUGACAAAUGGAUCCAGAAGGCGCCAAUGACCACUGUCAGAGGUCUGCAUUGCAUGUGUACAGUGGGAGAAAGGCUCUAUGUCAUUGGUGGCAAUCACUUCAGAGGAACAAGUGAUUAUGAUGAUGUCCUAAGCUGUGAAUACUAUUCACCUAUCCUUGACCAGUGGACCCCAAUUGCUGCCAUGUUAAGAGGGCAGAGUGAUGUUGGGGUCGCUGUCUUCGAAAAUAAAAUCUAUGUGGUUGGGGGGUAUUCUUGGAAUAAUCGUUGUAUGGUAGAGAUAGUGCAGAAAUAUGAUCCAGAUAAAGAUGAAUGGCAUAAGGUUUUUGAUCUCCCAGAAUCCCUUGGUGGCAUUCGUGCUUGCACACUCACAGUUUUUCCACCAGAAGAAACCACACCAUCACCUUCUAGAGAGUCCCCUCUUUCUGCACCUUAAGAUCAUCUCUACAACUAAGAUGCUGUAGUUCUGUCUUUGCAAUGUGUCAUAAAUUCUCUUCUUUUUCCCCCUUAAGUAGUAUAUAUGUUAGGAUUACCCUCUGGUAAUUGAUACAGAUAUUGGAAAAAAGACAACAUUGAUGUUAUUUGUGCUCUUUGUUUGGCCUAGAAUGUUUAUAAAAUGGUAACACAACCAUUCUGGAAAUGUAUCCCAUAGAAGCUGAUGUUUAAACAUAUGAAAAAAAAAGUAUUGUCUAUAAAAUGUUUCUUCAGUACUUUUUAAAUGCUGUGUAUUGGGUGUAAGGUAUUUGUCAUCUUACAUUAGUAAACCCAAUAAGCCAAGUUGAAGGUGGAUUGUAGUAAAUGUACAACUGUGCUCACUAGGCUUCAAGUAAAAAGUUUUCCUUUCAUCUUUGACUGUAAGAUGUCAAAGGGAGGCAGCCUGCUUGAACAGGAAACAAUACACAAAAGGUUGCCAACUCGCAUGAGCUACCUCCCUCUUUUCAUAAAGUAUUUUUGACAUAUCUGUCAACCCACUUGACUGUGUGGGUGCAUUGAGAACACAAAGUUUCUUAGACACACAGGAGAAGUAGCUUAAAUUCACUAAUAUUAAUUUAAAAAGCAGCAUGAACCCUCUACUUAUAAACAAGGGUUUGGUGUUUUUAAAGUGUGUAUACAUACAUACACAUACACACAUACACAUAUGUCAAAUAUAAUUUUUUUAAAAAUUGAGUGGCACAUCAAAGAAAUAUGAAAUUAAAAAGAAUUCUUCCAAAAAAGCAGCUUCCAUUAAAAUGGGAAUUCAGUAUGCACAUACUGAAUGCAUAUAUGUAGAACCAUACAGAAUUUAGGUGGAUAAGGGCUAGAAAUUUUGAGCAACAAAAUUUGUCACUUGACCAUAUUUUAUCUUCAAAAACUGUAUUCUACUCCUUCUCCUUUGCUGUUGAGGUAACUUACAUAUUAUAUGUAUUCUGUAUACUCAGUUCAUAAGGUUAUUUAGCACAAAGUAUAGCAGCUUCACCUGGAGAGCUGCUUUUGCUCAGUAAAUUCAACUUCCAUGUUUUAUCUUUUUUUGUUCAAUAAAAACAUUUAAUGUCA